AUACGUUAUGACUUAAUAUUUUCUCGAAAACGGCGUUCACCCCUUUUGGGCGUUUCUAUUUUUAGCAUCAGCUGUUGCAAUACAAAGAUUAGCUACUCAACGUAUUGUUUCGCAGAUGUGAGGAGCACACUUCCCGGCUGUGGUGAAAGGGCGGCGGUGGUCCGAAGCUAAGAAACGAGAGGAAUGAGGAGGAAUAUGUCGGUGUGAGGACGUUUCUUUGUGUUCACCACAGCGAGGCUCCUAUCGCCAGGUGUAACCCUUCAGCAUUCUACUACCCUACUUCCCACCGUUACCACCUCUGUCGAAGUAGCCAUGGCAACCAGCGCCGUGCCAAGUGACAACCUGCCAACAUACAAGCUUGUGGUGGUGGGGGAUGGUGGUGUUGGAAAGAGCGCCCUCACCAUUCAGUUUUUCCAGAAGAUAUUUGUGCCAGACUAUGAUCCCACAAUAGAAGACUCAUAUCUGAAACACACAGAAAUAGACGGACAAUGGGCAAUACUGGACGUGCUAGACACAGCUGGACAGGAGGAGUUCAGCGCGAUGAGGGAGCAGUAUAUGAGGACAGGAGACGGCUUCCUCAUCGUCUUCUCGGUGACGGACAAGGCCAGCUUUGAACAUGUGGACCGAUUCCAUCAGCUCAUUCUGCGAGUAAAGGACAGGGAGGCCUUCCCGAUGGUGUUAGUGGCAAACAAAGUGGACUUAGUUCACCUGAGGAAGGUCACCACUGAUCAAGGACAAGAGAUGGCUGCAAAGCAUAGUAUAACUUAUAUAGAAACCAGUGCCAAGGAUCCUCCAAUGAAUGUGGAUAAAGCCUUUCAUGAGCUUGUUCGUGUUAUAAGACAACAGGUCCCAGAGCGAAACCAAAAGAAGAAAAAGAAGAUGAAAUGGAGAGCAGAACGUUCUGCAGGUUCUCACAGGUUCCACUGCGCCAUAUUGUGACCUCCCUCAUCCCUUUUUUUAUCUCUAGUAACAUAAUCACCAACACGCACACCCACACACCUUUGGAUUUCAGGGAAUUCCCAAGCAGUGGUUAACUACUGGAGCACAAAAGGGAGGGAUGGAUGGAUGAAUAGCUGGAUGGGACACAAGAAGAGGAGGAUGUGAAGUGUCGGAUGUCCCCUUAACCUCCUCAAUGCCUUGGGAUGAGUGCUCUGCCCUCUCUCUUCAACAUACGGUCCUUUCCAAAGGUCAUUUGGUCCCUCCCAUCUGUAUUCAACGCAGAACUGCAGUGUCUGAGAACUUUUUCUUAAUCGAGUGUAACUUUUGAAUUUGAUAUCAAAUGUGGCACAAGACAACAGACUCUGGGAGAAAAGCCAGAGAUGGAAGUGAUCCUGAUAUUGGGACUUUUAUCUUGAAAAUGGAAGAAAAAGGGAGGAAUCGGCUGAGAAUGGCAGUUUAUUUUGCAGGACAAACUCCAAACAGCCGGUCUGGUCUCAGCUUUCUAUCCUCCCUCAAUUUCAGGAUAUGAUAUCUGUGUUCUCUCUUUGUAGAUUGAACAUCAUAAGGGCAGAGUGGAUGGCUAUGGGAUCAGUGACGGCGACGUUUGUGGUCAAAAUAGUUUUUGUGUGGUGUUGUGGAUGAAUGUGAGUACAUCUGUACCUUGUGCUCUUGUGUUGCUUUGGUUUUGAAAAGUAGGUUCAGAAAGGGUGGAGGGGAUGUGAUGUGAAGAGCAAAGAAAUGUGAUGUGAUGCGAAGAGAAAAGUGUCAUAUCAGUUCUGAUUGUUUAAAUAUUGUAAUUGUAAAUGAUGCUGAGGUUGGUCAGUGUUUGUGGUUAGAGUAAAAUGUAAAGAGAGCAGGGUUUGGACCAACGCUGACAUGUCAGUAGCCAUGUUUACAGACACUCAUAAAUGGCUAAUUAUCUCAUCAUUGAUACAGACAGUAUAUUAGAGCCAUUUUACAUGAAGUAUUAGAGCAUAAUUAUGUUUAAUCAAGUUUGCCUCCGCUCAUUACCAGCAGCAUGGUGAGUGCAGUCCUCAUCAGUACUGUAUCAACAAUAGCCCAGAUUUUUUUCAUCUAUGUAAAUUCUCCUCAAGCCAAUUUACAUUUCAUUUUCUUUGUUAUUUAAGAAUAGACAAUUACAAUUAUAUUUGUCAUGUUAAAAAUCUAAUUAUAGGUGGAAAUUUAAACUAAUUAAAUGCUGGUAUAUGUACAAUAGAUAAGGGAUAGUCAGAGCUUCGUGUUUCUGAUGAGAAACAGGCUGGAGAAGCUGAUUUGCACUGGCCACUAACCAAAAUAAUGUGAUGUCAUUUUCUUUCAAUCUUGGGGCUUUUCAGACAGCACCACAGAAUUCAGGACAAUGUUAUAAAGAGGAGUCCAGCUCUCACAAGGAUAUCCUUCAGUUUAAGGAGGCAUACUGUAGCCCUGGGAAUGUGUCAGAGAUGAAUCAGCAGUGAUGCUCCUGGGGCUUAAAGCCAUGUUGACCUAGCUACAGCUUAUGUUUAGUUGUAGAGAAAACCACCCACAAAGCAACAAGACAUUCAUUGUGCUCAUGUUUGUAGCCAUGAAGUGGAUAGGAAUGUACAAUUUAAUAAACUAUGAAAUGGCUCGUACUGUUAACGCACUAAAGUUUCAGUGGACAACUUUUAUCGGUCUGGGAAAAAAAGGUCUCUUGAAAGAAUACAUUUUUGCACUUUUAAUACAAUUUCUCACUUUCCUAUCAGCAUGUUGUCUUGUGUUUAGUUUGCGAGUGAAAUGUAAGGCACGGUCAAAUUGAUUUGAAUGUAAAUCAAAUAUUAAAAUAAGCAGACAUGAUUAGGAUUA